CGACCGCCAGUCCACUCGGCCCCGCGCGCAUGUCUGUUGCUCACCGCUUAAACCCGGAUCUCCCGCGCAUACAUCGUCUUCAAAUGGGAAACUUUUACUCUCGAAGGAAAUUAUAAAUUCAAGGAUCUUAGUGCCAGUGUACGUGCAUGUGCUUUGCAGAAUAAUAUGCAUAAGUGACGUACAAUAAUUUAUUAUCAUAAAGGGGACAAUCGUAAAAUGCUUCUAUGUGUACGUCUCAUUAUUUGGAGCGCUGCCCUCGUACCGGCUCUGGCCCAAGGCGAACGCCAUUGCGGCCACCCGGCAGUACCGCCGAACGCACGGGUAACAUUACCCAAUGACACAGCUAUCACUCCUGGAACUGUUGCUACCUACGAAUGUGACGAUGGUUACGAGCUGUUUGGAGCUCACCAGAGGGAGUGCACAUUGAGAGGCGAUUGGACUGCUGAACCGCCAUUUUGUGGUACGAACGUCGCCUUCAGAAAACCAGCAAACCAAUCGACAACCGUCCGUGGAGGUGCGGCGGCCAACGGCAACGAUGGUGAGAAGACUACAGAACAUGACGGCAAGAGAUGCACGGAGACGCAGCGCGAGGCCUCGCCAUGGUGGCAAGUCGACCUGCUUCGUCAUUACGCUGUCAAAGUGGUCAGAGUCACAACCAGAGGAUGUUGUGGUCAUCAGCCACUUCAGGACCUAGAAAUACGUGUAGGCAACAGCAGUACAGAUCUUCAAAGGAACCCACUCUGCGCCUGGUUCCCAGGAACAAUAGAUGAAGGAGUGACAAAAACUUUCACAUGUGCCCGACCACUAAUCGGCCAACAUGUGUUUCUACAACUAGUCGGAGUCGAAGGUUCUCUGUCUCUCUGCGAAGUCGAAGUCUUUACAACAGAAGAAUUUUCCAACGAUCGAUGUGCACCGGCUGGUGCUUCCGCUGACAUAGAACUUGCAGCUUUUUCACGAAACUGCUACGAGUUCAACGUAGCCAAAGGAGCCUCCUUCGACGAUGCACGCAAGCAGUGCCAAUCGCACGGCGGUGACCUCAUACAUGGCUUUCAGGGAGCAACCUCUAGUUACUUAAUACAAGAACUGGAACGACGCAAGGCACAGCUGAAGACGCAACUAGUCUGGAUAGGAGCUCAGAAGGAACCUGGUCUCACUUCGAGAACAUGGAGAUGGGUUGAUGGUGAAUUGGUUUCGAAACCGACUUGGGGCAAAGACCAGCCGAACAACUACAAUGGUGAACAGAACUGCGUGGUGCUGGACGGUGGCCGGGCGUGGCUGUGGAACGACGUCGGUUGUAACCUCGACUAUCUCCACUGGAUCUGCCAGUACCUGCCGCCAUCUUGUGGCAGUCCAGACAAACUGUUGAAUACAACAAUUGAAGGAAACAGCUACCUGGUGGGAGCAUCUAUAGCCUACAGAUGUCCUGAAGGUCACAUGUUGCUCGGAGACAAAACUAGAGAGUGCAAAGAAGACGGCUUCUGGUCCGGUACAGCGCCGAGUUGUAAAUAUGUCGACUGUGGCGGUCUUACCCCGAUCCAAGAUGGUGACGUGUCUUUAAUUGACGGACGCACUACACACGGCGCGAGGGCGACGUACACUUGCAAAGAGAACCACACACUCGUCGGUGAGCCGUCGAGGGAAUGUAGCGAUGAGGGUGUAUGGAGUGGGCAAGCGCCCAAAUGUCUGUUCGACUGGUGCCCUGAACCGCCGCCGGUGGCUGGCGCGACUGUAGCAGUUAGUGGGCACAAAGCCGGCUCUUUGGCAACCUACACUUGCCAAAAUGGAUUCAUACUGUUUGGUACACCUAGUGUAACUUGUAAGCUUGGCGGUAUUUGGGCUGGUACACCACCUUCCUGCAAGUAUGUAGACUGCGGAACACCUGCUCAAUUGUACAAGGGUUCCUUUAGACUGCUAAACGGCACAACGACAUAUGGCUCUAUAGCGCAGUUUAAUUGUGAAGCCGACUACUGGUUAUCAGGAACUGAGUACCUUACAUGCAACAGGGAUGGAAAAUGGUCCCAUGACAUACCAACAUGUGAUCUGAUUACCUGCGCUGAUCCAGAAGUCCCCGCGGGGGGUUACAUGGAAGCUUACGACUACAACGUACAUUCGAGUAUCGAUUUCCAUUGCGAGCAUGGUCACAAGCUGGUUGGUGAAUCAAGUUUGUUUUGCCAACAAGACGGCGAAUGGUCCGGGGAAUCCCCGAAAUGCGAGUAUGUGGAUUGUGGAAAGCUACCACCACUGCCAUAUGGAUCUGCGGAGCUACUGAACGGCACCACACAUUUAGGCAGCAUUAUACAGUACUCGUGUACUACUAACUACCGUCUAGUAGGGCCCGUGCGAAGAAUCUGCACAGAAGAUCAUCAGUGGAGUGACUCAUCGCCCAGAUGUGAAGAAAUCCGUUGUCCAGAGCCAGUAGUAGCAGAGAACAGCAUAGUAUCUGUGACAGGCAAUGACCGCAUGCAUGGACGUACACUCAUCCGCACAGUAGGUACCACCAAUGCAGGCAAUACGUACCGUAUUGGUGCGCUCGUCAAAUACCGUUGCGAAAGAGGAUACAAAGUCAUCGGCGAAAGCCUGUCUACCUGCGAGGAUAAUGGUCAAUGGAGUGGGGUCACACCUCGUUGUCAAUAUGUGGACUGUGGCAAUCCUGGCAGACUGCAGAAUGGUAUAGUGACACUGGCGACCAAUGCCACAUAUUACGGGGCUGCAGCUCUAUACGAAUGCGAUGAACAUUGGCAGCUUGAUGGUGUUUCGAGACGAUUGUGCCAAGACAACGGAACGUGGAGUUCCGAACCACCAAUAUGCAAAGAAAUAACGUGCACAGACCCAUCGAUCCAGAUUAAAGGCAGCAUCGGACUUGUUGUGGUUACAUCCUCGCUCAGUAUUGGCAGCGAGGCUCACUAUCGCUGCGAGCGAGGCUAUAGCCUCCGCGGUAACCAGACCAGGAUGUGCAUGCCAAGAGGAGUGUGGAAUGGAUCACCACCAGUCUGUAUACCAAUUGACUGCAAGUCACCGGGAACGAUUGACAAUGGUCGCAUCAUAAUAUCGAACAGUUCGACCCUAUUCGGCAGUUCUAUCGAAUACCACUGCAUGCCGCAGUAUCAACGUGUAGGGCCAUUCCUACGGAAGUGCUUGGACGACGGCAAGUGGUCGGGCGAUGAGCCCAGCUGUGAACUAGCGACCAACGAGGCGGCGGAUAGCGGCGCUCUACCGCUGAGCGUAGGCGUCGGCUGCGGCAUCGUACUGUUUUUACUUAUGCUGCUCGCUCUUAUUUAUUUACGACUUCGAAAAGCAAUGCCGGUGAAGAAUACAGAGAAUAUCGAAGGUGCGGAGAGAAAAGAAGACCAAAACGCGGCGGUAAUGAGCUAUGCUACUCUUCAUGACACGAACGGACGACACAUCUACGAUCACGUGACGGACAAUGUAUACGAUUCGCCGUAUAGCGAGCGAGUAGCUGAUAACAUCGCUUACGGCCGCCGCAGCGACACUGAUUCCGCGUACGAACCCGAACCCACGGGACCCAAUGCAGUGGUCACGAUAAACGGAGUCGCGGUGCGUUAAUACAUACAUAAUACCCGGUACAAAUAACACAUAAAACUUUGCCAAGUAGUGUAAUUGUAAGAAAAAUGAUGUCCGACUCGAAGGACCUUUUCACUUGUGUCGAAAUUUUAAGUGAUUAGAUGCAUAAUAGAAUAUUUAAAUAAUUAAAUGGCGAUUAUAUUUCUGAUAAAUUAUUUAACACAAUUAUUUUUAAAUCAUCUUUUAGGGCUUUCCGUUUAUUUCGUUCUGUUCAAACAAUUUAAAGUACCAAUAAUGUGAUAAACGAAAAUGUUGAAUGAAUUUUAAUAUUGUUAUUUAUUAUGAGAAAUAUUUACUGGCAGGUGUCGAUGAUUGUAAAAUAUAAAGUUUUGGUAAUCACCAACCCUUACUAGGUAUUUAACCAAAGAUGUAAAUGAGUUGGAAUUGUGUGAAGUAAAAUAAUAAAUAAUAUUUAUAUAUUAGUUUAUGAUUGUAACUAUAUUGUUUAGUGAUUUAAAAAAAUUGGAAUGAUAAAUUCGGAUUUUUCAGAUAAAGUAAAAAUUAAAAUUUAAGUUUUGUUUUUUUUGCCUUGAUUACACUUAUUGCCUUUAUAAUGUAUAAGUAUAAAAUAUUUACUAUAAUCAAUAUAUUAUAUUAAUAGUGCAGCGAUAAAUAUUGUAAAUUAAAUUUGAAUUUAUUUCAUACUAUUAAAAUUAAUAAGAGGAAAAUAUACCAACAUAAAGUAAUAGUGCUUUUUAAUAUAAUAUUUGUUAAGAAUUAAAUAUCUAUAAUUCUAAUUCUACUCUCAAAGUGACGGCAAAAUUGGCAGUUUCCCCUUUUGAAAAGAAAUUGUAAAUAAUUAGGUUAGCUUAUUAUUGGAUAAAUGGAAGAAAGGUGUUUGUUUGAAAAAUAAGAAAAUUGUUAUACGGUUUACAUACUCUGUAUUCUAUUUCGAGAUAGUUUUUAAAAGUUCAUUGUAGUAUUUGCUUACAAUAAUAAACAUAUGUAAGUACUAAAUAAGAUAUUUCUUCUAAUAAACUUCAUGCCUUUUUUUAGUUAUCCUUCUUACUGUCAGUUUCUGGAGUGAUGUUUUGAAACAUAUAGUUGUCUCUUUCUCUCCUUUGAAAAAAAGAGGCAAUAUGUGUCAAAGUUUCACUACAGUUGAAAUGCAGAUAAGCAAUUUUGUAGAUAGAUUUCAUACUAAUUUAGUAUAUAAGUUUUUGUUUUGAGUGUUAAUACAUAGUUUAAGAGCUAUACAAACUUUAACACUGUUUGAUAAGCAUCUGAAAUAUAUUUUGUUACUUUUUAUAAACUUGUACCUAUAUUAAUUUUAUUAUAAACGUUCGUUAAAUAAACGUAUACAACAUAUAUUGAAACUUUAUUACCAAUAAAUCACACAUAAUAAAUUCACUAGAGUUCUAUCGUUCCAUUAGGAUAAAUAACACGAUAGCAUUAAAAAGAUUUUACAAUAAAUAUAAAAGUUACAGACACCGUACUAUUAAAAAUGACAGAUAAUAAGUUUCAAUUCUAACUACAGAACUCCAUUGCAGUCACGCCAUGUUUUAAUACAUAUCUACAUCUCUUUCUUUCUCUUUGACAAAACAGAGACAACAAUAUAUAAUUAGAUGAAAGCCACAGUCAUAGGCUAAUAAUAUUUUUAACAGUUAACAAACAUUUCAAUGUUAUCAAAGUACCUACAAUAAUUGGACGACUAUAAAUUGUAGAUUAUAUAGACAAAAAUUACAUCCAUUACAUAAACAUUUUGGGAUACUUGUAUAGAUUUUUUUAACUAAGCUAAUAUAUAAGCAUAUUUUAUUGUAAUACACAAUUCCUUGAACACAUCUUUAUGUACAUACAUAAGUAAAAUAGAUACAAUUUCAAUUACCUAUAUUGUUUGUAUUUACGUUCAGUUUUCAGUGAAGUAACAUUUGAAUAAAACAUCGUCAUUCGUAUGAUUUUCUUUGGAAAGACAGUCAUAGGACGCACGAUAUAAGUCUAAGAUAAGUCAGAGUAUUUGGGAAAGCA